AUGAUGAUGAUAGAAAAAUCACAGAAAACANUUAAUUUUCAAGUGCAAGAAUUGCCCGGUCAAUCACAUGUAUUUUCACCUUUACAAUUGUCCAGUAGUAAUGGCGUAAAUCAUGAUUCAUCAUCAUUAUAUGAUGAUAAUAAAACACAUCUUAUUGUUGGUGAUUAUGAUAUGGAACGUUUAUUAAAACGUUGUAAUGCUGUUGUAUAUAUAAUUGAUGCUCAAGAUGAUUAUACACAAUCAGUAUCAAGUUUAAACAUGAUUAUACAAUCAGGUAGACGUGUCAAUCCAAGAUUAAGAUAUGAAGUAUUUAUACAUAAAGUUGAUCAAUUGUCAGAAGAAGAAAAAAUAGAAACUCAACGAAAUAUUCAUAAUCAGGUACGAGAUCGUUUUGCUGAUUUAAAUGGUGGAACAGAUUCAUGGCCAUUAACAUCAUUUGGAUCGAAUCCAAAUUCUCAAAAUAUAUUAAUCAAUUUUCAUUUAACAUCAAUAUUUGAUCAUUCAAUAUUUGAAGCAUUUUCAAAAGUAAUACAAAAGUUAUUACCACAAUUUAAUCAUUUAGAAGAUUUGCUCAAUUAUCUUAUAUCAGCAUCAAAUAUGGAACAAGCAUUUUUAUUUGAUAUACAAACGAAAAUAAGUAUUGCAACUGAUUCAUCACCAACUAACAUGCAAAUGUAUGAAUUAUGUUGUGAUAUGAUUGAUUUAUUAAUUAAUAUGAGUCAAAUAUAUGGACGAUCAAAUAGUGAUGUUGUUGAAGCAAUUGAAGAUGAUAUUAAUGAUGACGAAAAUAAUGAAUCUAUUGCGAAAGAUAUUGAUGAUUCAACGAAUUCAUAUUCGACUAGUUCCUUAAGUACAACAUCGGCGGAAACUUCUUGUUCGUCAAUAACUGAUGCAAUUAAUGAACCUACAUCAAAUGUAUUUGAUUCAAUGUCAUCAAGUGUUAUAAAAUUAACUAGUGGUCGAGCACUUUAUCUCAAAGAAAUUAAUCGUCAUCUAGCAUUAGUAUGUAUUUUACAUGAAAAAGCACUUUCAAAACAAGCUAUUAUUGAAUAUAAUGUUAAUCAAUUAAAAAGAAGCAUUUUAGAAUUAUUUUGUUUUACUCAUCAGACAUCUACAUCUUUCGUAGCACGAUAG